AUGUUGUGCUUUAACUUGGGUCGCCCAAAAAUGAAGCACUAUUUUUUGUCCCACACCACUUACCUCAUAUCUCAAAUGGAUCCUCUGCAAUAUAUUUUUCAAAAAGCCAUGCCGACGUGUAGGUUGGCAAAAUGGCAGAUUUUGCUUACCGAAUUUGAUUUUGUGUAUGUUACUCGCACCACCAUGAAAACACAAGCGUUGGCCGAUCAUCUGGCAGAGAAUCCCAUUGAUGAUGAAUACAAACCCUUAAACACAUACUUCCCUGAUGAAGAGAUCAACUCUAUUGAGGAAGAAAUUCCUGAUAAUGACCCCGUAUGGAAAUUAUAUUUUGAUGGGGCCGUCAACAAAAACGGAGUGGGUAUUAGGAUAGUUCUUAUCUUACCAAGUGGUUGUCAUUAUCCUUCCACAGCACGACUUCGAUUCUUUUCUACCAACAACACAACAGAAUACGAAGCUUGCAUCAUGGGUUUGAAUACGACAAUAAAUCUGGAUGUACAUGAGCUCUUAGUCUUAGGGGAUUCUGACUUGCUCAUUCGACAAGCUCGAGGCAAAUGGGAAACUCGAGACAUUAAGCUCAUACCGUACAAACAAUGUUUAGAAGAUCUCAUCAAAAAAUUCAAUUCCAUUGAAUUUAGAUAUAUUCACAAGUUUCACAAUGAGUUGGCCGAUGCUUUGGCCACCUUAGCAUCGAUGCUUCCAUACCCAGGUAAUGCCUACAUUGACCCGUUGGAAAUCCAAGUUAGGGAUCAACAUGGUUAUUGCAAUAUAAUUGCGGUAGAGGCAGAUGGUGAGCCUUGGUAUCACGACAUUAAAAAGAUUAUAAAAGCUAGAGAAUAUCCACUGCAUGCUGAUAGAGAUCAAAAAAGAACUAUUAGGCAACUUGCUAAUGGGUUCCUCUUAAGUGGCGAUAUCUUAUACAAAAGGACUCCGGAUUUGAAUUUAUUACGAUGUGUGAAUAAUCAAGAGGCGGAAACAAUUAUGAAUGAGGUACACUCAGGGGUAUGUGGCCCACACAUGAAUGGUUACGUCCUAGAGAAAAAAGAUUAUUCGGGAAGGGUACUAUUGGUUGACCAUGGAGAGAGAUUGCUUCCAAUUUGUUCGCAAGUGCUAUCAGUGCCAAAUUUAUAGCGACUUGAUCACUCACCCCCUUUAGAGUUGCAUCCUAUGUCUGCUUCAUGGCCUUUUGUUUCAUAGUGAAUAGACGUUAUUGGGCGAAUAGAGCCAAAAGCAUCUAACAGUCAUCGGUUUAUUUUAGUUGCCAUCGAUUACUUUACCAAAUGGGUAGAAGCUGUCACAUUCAAAUCAGUUACCAAGAAAGCGGUGGUGGACUUCGUUCAUUCCAACAUCAUAUGUCGUUUUGGCAUACCAAAAAUAAUUAUUACAGACAAUGCAAUGAAUCUCAACAGCCACUUGAUGAAGGAAGUUUGUGAGCAAUUUAAAAUUGUUCAUCGUCAUUCAACCCCUUAUCGUCCCAAAGCAAAUGGUGCUGUUGAAGCUACGAAUAAGAACAUCAAGAAGAUUCUUAGGAAAAUGAUGCAAGGAUCUAGACAGUGGCAUGAGAAAUUACCCUUCGCUCUCAUGGGAUAUCGCACGACUGUUCGUACGUCAGUCGGUGCAACUCCUUACUUAUUGGUUUAUGGAACUGAGGCUAUCAUACCCACAGAAGUUGAAAUCCCUUCUCUUCGAACCAUUGUUGAAGCAGAAAUUGAGGAUACAAAAUGGGUUAAAUCGAGGUUAGAAUAAUUAGCGCUGAUAGAAGAAAAACGAUUGACAUCAAUUUGUUUUGGUCAAUUAUAUCAGCAGAGGAUGGCUCGGGCAUAUAAUAAGAAAGUACGCCCAAGGAAUUUUGAAGUGGGUCAACUUGUUGUGAAACGUAUCCUUCCCCACCAAGACGAGGCCAAGGGAAAGUUUGCUCCAAAUUGGCAACGCCCUUAUGUUAUUAAGCAAGUGCUAUCCAAAGGAGCUCUGCAAUUGGCGGAUAUGGAGGGAAAGGCAAUUGACACAAUUGUCAAUGCAGAUUCGAUCAAGAGACACUACAUUUAUCACUCCUCAUUUGACACUACAUUUCAUUAGGGUUCGGUCUAAUCACUCAAUAAAAAGAUAAUCAUGUUCUUCAGUUCUCUAAAGGUAGAGACAUUAUGUUGUCGAACUAUGGAGAAAAUGAAACAGAGAGUGUUGUGAAAACCCUUACGGGCACUAUAAGACGAUAGAUUGGUGAAAAAUCAUGAAUGGUGUUACUGAUCGAAUGAUGACAUUUUUUCUGUACAUGAGCGCCAUCAUGAUAAAAGUCAAGCUUAGACUGAAAGGUGCAACAUUGUUUCCUGAGAUUCAGAUAACUCGAAAAAGAUCAAACUUUCGGUCCAAUUGCAUGUCAUGUUUCAAAGUUGUCACGUACUUUCAGAUAAGAUUCUUUUCACUCAUUUAAACAUUUUCUUAUUUAUCUUCUACUUCUAAAGACACAAUUUUUCCUUCAUAACCCUUUCAUUCGUGUCAUUAUUGCUUGUGUUUCUUUGAGUUUUUAUUUUUCUUUCUCAGCAUCAACUCGUGUCAAGUGAGAAAAUAAAAUUAAAUAAGCAAAAUUGACUAUGGUAUUUCCAGUUGAAUGUUGGGAACAUGCACAAUAUUGGCUAGGGCUGUGAACCUAUCGAGAAAAUAAAUAUCAUAAAUCGAUACCGAGUGAAAAUAUAUAAAGCGAAAGUCGCUUGGGAACGAAUGAACCACACAACAUGCACAAAAUGGUGAUGAGUUAGAAUGUCAAUGAUAAGUGUUUCAAGGAAAGAUAAGGAUUGUUUUUAAAACAUCUACAAGAUAUUCGCAUAAUCAUCAAUGGGAUGAAUCUUCCAAGCGGGGCGGAUCCAGAAGUCAAGCUUUACAAGAUAUUCAAAGUCACGAACCAACCACCAUGUAGGAAAAUUAACAAUACAUUUUUUGACUUAAAACAGGUAUAAGGCAGAAUCAUGUAAAUAGUUUGCAAGAGACAAACGCCGCGAUGGUAAGUUCUUGAAUCUUUACUUUCCAUAUAAUAUGCGUGAUAAAAUAAUAAUAACAAAAAAAUGAUUUUUUUAUUGAAUCUGGGGCAUUUUAUUUUAUUUUUAGUUUGUUCAAUAUACAAAUAAAAAUAAAAUAAAAUAACAAUAACCCCU